AUGCUUAACUUGGGUGUCUAUUUGAUUCUGCAACUCUUUUCUUGCAUUUAUCUAUUCACUCAAUGUAGUGGUGCCAAGAAGAAAAAAAUCCAGGUAUCAAAGGAUAAGGGAAAACACGCCGAGGCUAGUAAGAAAACGAAGUCAGCAGAUGACGCUAAGAAGGAUGGUGAGAAAAAGUCCAAGGAAGGUGUUCAGAAAGAGGCAGGGAAAUCCAAGUCGGGUAGGAAGGCCGAUGAGAAAAAGAAGGAAGGAAAGAAACCCGAGCAGAAGGAGGACAAAAAGGAAGAAAAGAAGGAAGAGAAGCCUGAGGAGAAGAAGGAAGAGAAACAAGGGGAGAAGAAAGAGGAGAAGAAAGAGGAAGUGAGAGAAGAGAAGAAAGAAGAGGAAAAGAAAGAGGAAAAGAAAGAGGAAAAGAAAGAAGAGAAACAAGGAGAGAAGAAAGAUGAGAAGAAAGAUGAGAAGAAAGAGGAGAAGAAAGAGGAGAAGAAAGAGGAAAAGAAAGAGGAGAAGAAAGAAGAGAAGCAAGGAGAGAAGCAAGGAGAGAAGAAAGAGGAGAAGAAAGAGGAGAAUAAAGAGGAGAAGAAAGAGGAGAAUAAAGAGGAGAAGAAAGAGGAGAAUAAAGAGGAGAAGAAAGAGGAAAAGAAAGAGGAAAAGAAAGAGGAAAAGAAAGAGGAAAAGAAAGAGGAAAAGAAAGAAGAGAAACAAGGAGAGAAGAAAGAGGAGAAGAAAGAGGAGAAUAAAGAGGAGAAAAAGGACGAAAAGGACGAAAAGAAAGAUGAGAAAAAAGACGAGAAGGAAGAGGAUAAGAAAGACGAGAGAAAAGAUGAGAAGUCUGAUGCAAAGAAGGAAGAUGAGAAGCAGGCCGAAGGAAAAGAAAAGGAAGACGAAAAGAAAGAGGAAAAAAGAGACGAGAAGGACGAGAAGGAGGACGAAAACAAAGAAGAGAAAAGUGAUAAGAAGGAUGCUAAUCAAGGAGAAGAAAAGAAAGAAGAACUGCCAGAAGACAAAACGGUGCUACCUGAACAGAUAGACGCGAAGCCACAGCAAGGAAAACCCGAUGGUGAGACGGGUUAUAGUAAACUCUUACCCACUGCACACUUCAGAGACAUAACAGCCAAGUUUUACAGAGAAAAUAAAACUGAGUACUACAAGCUGUAUCCGGUGUAUGGGCUCAUUGAACCAGGAAAAACUCUCGAGGUUCACGUAUCUAAGGAGGAAGGACCAACAAAGCCUGGAAUACUGCAUCUCCUCACCACACCAUUUGAUGGAGACAAGCCCGAGAAAGCGUACGAGAAUAAGGAUCUCGUCCCUGCUGUCGCAGUUGUAACUUUAAUUGAAAAGAAAUGA